AUGUUUGCUGUGGCACAACGCUCGAUGAUGUCGGCGCGCACGGCCGGCUUCCGUGCACUGUCUUCCUCGGCUGUGGCUCGCAAGGACAUUCUCCAAGAAGCAUACCUGCGUGAGCUCAAGGCGUACAAGGCGCCAGAAAAGUCGCCAGACGCUCACAAGGGACACGUGCGUGAAUUCUCUUCGCCGCCAUCGCCACAGGCCCCUUCGAUGCCCUCAUCGUCCGAGAUUGCCUCGCAGCUCGAGUCGUUCACGUCGUCUGAACCAGACUUGGCGCCUAAGCCGGCGGCUUCGCAGGAGGCUGUGUCAGAGCAGCAGGACGUCAACGAAUACCUGAGGGAGCUCCAGGCAGACAUCAAGGUCGAAGCUCACCACUAA